AUGGCAGAGCUCAGUCCAGUUGCACUUCUUCCUGGCGGAUGUCAACAGGACUGCGCUCUUCCUGUCAUUAGCCACGCGAAUGUCAUUGUAUACUGCUCUGCAGCAGCUAUCUACAUGCAUACACCAAAUACAAUUACUCUUCCCGCCUCGGCAGGAGCAGCAGUAGGAACAGAAAGAGUAAAAAAUGAAAAUGAAACAUUUCAUAAUUAUCCACUAACACGUAUUUUUGCCAGCGGUGUCGUUGGUGUCAUUUAUUCCUUUGACUUUAAUGACGAGUACAUGGCAUGCGUCACAAGCACUACAAACACAGUUGUCUGGCGCAUCGCGGAUGGAGAGAAUUUAAAUGACAAGCGUGUGCCGAGUUGUGUUGGUGAAUUCUUCCGGCGUGAGGGUGGCCCGUCGGUGGUGCGGAUAGCUGGAAAAUAUCACAUUCUCUACGGUACAAAAACCGGCUGGGUCGUCUCCGUUAACAUGAACGACGGCA